GGCGCUCCCUGCCCGAUGGCCGCCCGCGGUCCAGACCCGGAUUCGGAGCCCGAGUCGGUGUUCCCUCGGGAGCUCGGCCUCUUCGCCGACUCCUACACCGAGAGGAGCCGCUUCUGCUUCUGCGGGCACGCGCUGAGCAUCACGCAGAACUUCGGGUCGCGCCUCGGGGUAGCUGCGCGCGUGUGGGACGCGGCUCUGAGCCUGUGCAAAUAUUUCGAGAAGCAAAAUGUUGAUUUCCGAGGCAAGAAGGUUAUCGAACUGGGCGCGGGGACGGGCAUCGUGGGCAUCUUGGCGGCGCUGCAGGGGGGGGAUGUUACCAUCACUGACCUGCCCCUGGCUCUAGAACAGAUUAAGGACAACGUCCAGGCUAAUGUGCACCUGGAGGCCGGGGCGCAGGUCCGGGCCUUGUCCUGGGGGAUCGACCAGCAUGUCUUCCCUGGAGACUAUGACCUGGUGCUGGGGGCUGAUAUCGUGUACCUGGAGCCCACCUUCCCUCUGCUGCUGGGGACCCUCCAGCACCUGUGCGGGCCCCGUGGCACCAUCUAUCUGGCGGCCAAGAUGAGACAGGAGCACGGCACAGAGAGCUUCUUCCAGCACCUCCUGCCCCAGCAUUUCCAACUGGAGCUGGCCCAGCGGGAUGAGGAUGAGAACGUCAACAUCUACAGGGCCAGGCACAGGAAGCCAAAGUCUGCAUGACAUCACCCCUUCUGGGACUCUCAGCCCCCUGUCCUGGUGGAGGGAAAUGCAGACUCUCCAAAGCCACACACACACACGCACCAAGAAGGAUGGAUGCUUCUAGGCUCCUCCCCUCUCUGUCCCCCUCAACCCCUGGGGGCCCUGGCAGCUCUGGCGUUCCGGCACAAGGCGGGCUCCCAGCUCCCGUUCUCAGAGGAGGACGACGGGAGGGUAGCCAGGACUUUUAGGGGCAAGGAGGACAUGGGAUGUGAGAGCAGUGACUGCAAAGACUGUCACAGGGCACUUCCUGUCUGUUGACACACAGUGGACUUUUUUUUUUUUAUUUUUGCUAAAGUCUAUGGGAUCUUCUUAAAAAAGGAAAAUAAAUGAGCAUUAAGGAUUUCUUCCAUGCCCAAAGGACUGAGCCUUCGCCAAAGGGCUGAGAAGGAGAAGCCCCAGGCCACCCAGUUCUUGCUCCGAGAGACGAGUGUGGCAGCACCGCAUCUCCUUGGGUCGAGUCCUCCCGUCCCUGACGCUGGAACCAGACAGCAGAGGUGUCC